AUGGAGGCUAAGCUGUUAAUGGCCUCCUCUCCUGCCACUCUUUCAGUUCCCCAUGCUUCUAAUUCAAGAAUCAAUCGCAUAUUGCCAUUGAAAGCAAUGGAAUCUAACAGCUUAACCUGCCUCAAUUCAGGCUUACCAAAGAAAGGAACUUUAUCUGUUCAGGCUUCUGCAACUUCCAUUGGAUCAUUGGCUACAAAGAAGAGGGUGGAUGAAACUGAUAAUUUAACCCUAGAAGGUAUAAGACAUUCCUUAAUCCGGCAGGAGGAUAGCAUAAUUUUUGGCCUUUUAGAGAGAGCUCAAUAUUGUCAUAAUAUGCCUACUUAUGACUCCAAUGCUUUCCCUAUGGUCGGGUUCCACGGCUCCUUGGUAGAAUACAUUCUUCAAGAAACAGAAAAACUUCAUGGUCAGGUUGGUAGAUACAGCAGUCCUGAUGAGCACCCAUUCUUUCCGGAUGUCCUACCUGAACCAGUGUUGCCACCUCUGCACUACCCUCAGGUACUACAUCCCAUUGCCAAUUCAAUUAAUAUAAAUCACAAAGUUUGGGAAAUGUACUUCAGAGAUAUUCUUCCAAGACUGGUGAAGGAAGGAGAUGAUGGUAAUUUUGGAUCAACUGCUGUUUGUGAUACAAUGUGCUUGCAGGCUCUGUCAAAGAGAAUCCACUAUGGUAAAUUUGUAGCGGAGUGUAAGUUUCGAUCCAAUCCGAAGUCCUAUGAAGCUGCCAUUAUCGAACAGAACAGAGAGAAGGUGAUGGCUUUGUUGACAUAUCCAACGGUCGAGGAGGUGAUCAUAAAGAGGGUAGAAAUGAAGGCCAAAACUUAUGGGCAAGAGGUGACCUUGUACAAAGAGGAAAAAGAGAAAACCGACCUGGUUUAUAAGAUACAACCAACCUUGGUUGCAGAUUUAUAUGGGGAUUGGAUCAUGCCAAUGACAAAGGAAGUUCAAGUUGAGUACUUGUUACGAAGGCUGGACUGA